CGCACGCGUGCGUCGGCAACUUCCUGCUUCCUGACAGCAGAACCUCAGCAGCAGUUGUCUCGUUCUUCAGGUCGAAGGUGGACUUUCUGUCUCCGUGUCCACCUGUCUGUCCACCUGUCCGCGUCCAUGCGCGCUCCCGUCUGCGCGGCGCUGCUGCUGUGGUUGCUGAGCGAUGCGGCGGCUCGUCGGUUCUCAGAGGAGCAGAUGGCGGCUGUCAGACAGCGCAUCAGGUCCAUGUUCUACCACGCCUACAACAGUUACCUCAACAACGCCUUCCCCUACGAUGAGCUCCGCCCACUCACCUGUGACGGACAGGACACCUGGGGCAGUUUCUCUCUGACUCUGAUCGACGCCCUCGACACGCUGCUGGUUCUGGGAAACCGGACCGAGUUCCAGCGGGUGGCGUCGCUCCUCCAGGACACUGUAGACUUCGACAUCGACGUCAAUGCAUCCGUGUUUGAAACCAACAUUAGAGUUGUGGGUGGUCUGCUGUCAGCUCACCUGCUGGCGGGUCGGUCCGGGAUGGAGCUGGAGCCGGGCUGGCCCUGUUCAGGACCACUGCUGAGGAUGGCCCAGGAUGCAGCCAGAAAACUGCUGCCGGCGUUUGAGACGCCCACCGGGAUGCCGUACGGGACGGUGAACCUGAUGCACGGCGUCAGUCCCACCGAGACGCCCGUCACCUGCACCGCCGGCGUCGGAACCUUCAUCCUGGAGUUCGCUGCAUUGAGUCGAUUAACCGGAGACCCGACGUUUGAGAAUGCAGCUCGCCGAGCCCUGACUGCUCUGUGGAAGACCAGAUCUGACAUCGGCCUGGUGGGGAACCACAUCGACAUCGUGACCAAGAAGUGGGUGGCCCAGGAUGCUGGGAUCGGUGCCGGAGUCGACUCUUACUUUGAGUAUCUGGUGAAAGGAGCCAUCAUGCUGGAGGACGAGGAGCUUCUCGACAUGUUCCGUGCAUACGAUAGAGCCAUUCAGAACUAUACCCGCUUUGAUGACUGGUACCUGUGGGUCCAGAUGCAUAAAGGAACCGUCACCAUGCCGGUGUUCCAGAGUCUGGAGGCGUUUUGGCCCGGCCUGCAGUCUCUGCUGGGGAACCUGGACAGCGCCGCGAGAACCUUCCAGAACUAUUAUUCUGUGUGGAGACAGUUUGGAGGUCUGCCUGAGUUCUACAGCAUCACUCAGGGUUACACUGUGGACAAGAGAGAAGGAUACCCUCUGAGACCAGAGCUGAUAGAGAGCGCCAUGUACCUGUUCAGAGCCACAGGGGACCACACCUACCUGCAGUUUGGCCUCGACGCCGUCGAGUCCAUCGAGCAGAUCGCCAAGACGCCCUGCGGAUACGCCAGCGUCAAAGAUCUCAGGGAUCAUCAACUGGACAACCGGAUGGAGUCCUUCUUCCUCGCUGAAACCGUUAAAUACCUCUACCUGCUCUUUGACCCCGCCCACUUCCUGCACGGCGGGGGAACAGGGGGGGGCGAGUCCUGGGAGGAGGGCGGGGACAGUGGGCAGUGUGUUUUAGGGGCGGGGGGUUUCAUCUUCAACACGGAGGCCCAUCCUCUGGACCCGGCCGCGCUCCACUGUUGCAGCCGCCACGCCCAGGAGCGCCAGGAGCUCCGCGACAUUCUGCUGAGCCUGUCGCAGCCCAGCAGCCAAUCAGAGCAGCCUGCCAGUCAGACGGAGGACCCUCCCUCCAGCCAAUCAGAGAGCAUUGCUCUGAAGCCGGGAGAGAAGAAGACUCCGCCUCCGCUGUCCUGCCCCGUUGAGCCGUUCAGCGCCCGGCUCUCUGUCCUAGGUCAGGUGUUCCCUGAUAACACCUGACCUGGAGCAGGACAGGUAACAUGACACCUGGCUGUGGACCUUUCUGUGAAAGGCUGGGCUUCGUGGGACCUGCAGGGUGAAUAAAAUCUGCACCAACCUUAAAGGAGCUGAACUGCUGUAACUUCAGUUUAAAGUUUCUUUUUAUUUAUUAAACAUGUUGUGCAUUUUG